GACUUCUGGAAGGGCCCUGCCCACCCUGGCUCCCCCAUUGAUGUCCGAGUGCCCUUCCCCAGUAUCCAGGCUGUCAAAGUCUUCCUGGAGGCACAUAGCAUCAAUUACACGAUCAUGAUCGAGGACGUGCAGUCACUGCUGGACGAGGAGCAGGAGCAGAUGUUCGCCUCGCAGGCCCAGGCCACCUCUACUGACACCUUUAACUAUGCCAGCUACCAUACCCUGGACGAGAUCUAUGGCUUCAUAGACUUGUUGGUGGCCGAGUACCCACAACUUGUUAGCAAGCUCCAGAUCGGCGAAACCUUCGAAGGCCGUCCCAUCUACGUGCUGAAGUUCAGCACUGGGGGCAACAACCGUUCUGCCAUCUGGAUUGACACGGGCAUCCAUUCUCGAGAGUGGGUCACCCAGGCCAGCGGGGUCUGGUUUGCAAAGAAGAUCGCACAAGACUAUGGCCAGGACUCGGCUUUCACUGCCAUUCUUGACAACGUGGACAUCUUCCUGGAGAUCGUCACCAACCCCGAUGGUUUUGCCUUCACCCUUAGCAAGAACCGCUUGUGGCGCAAGACUCGAUCGAUCACGGCGGGCUCUGCCUGCGUUGGGGUGGACGCCAACCGGAACUGGGACGCUGGCUUCGGGUUGGCAGGAGCCAGCAGCAACCCCUGCUCGGAGACUUACCAUGGCAAGUCCGCCAAUUCCGAAGUGGAGGUCAAGUCCAUCGUGGACUUUGUGAACGGUCAUGGGAACAUCAAGGCCUUCAUCUCCAUCCACAGCUACUCCCAGCUCCUCCUCUAUCCCUAUGGCUACACAGAAGACCCAGCUUCUGACCAGGAAGAGCUGGAUCAGCUAGCCAAGUCUGCUGUGACAGCCCUGGCCUCUCUGUAUAGGACCAGGUUCCAGUAUGGCAGCAUCAUUACAACAAUUUACCGAGCCAGCGGCAGCUCCGUCGACUGGGCCUACAACCAGGGCAUCAAGUACUCCUACACCUUCGAGCUCCGGGACAUGGGGUACUAUGGCUUCCUGCUGCCGGCCUCCCAGAUCAUCCCCACCGCGCAGGAGACGUGGCUGGCGCUCCUGGUCAUCAUGGAGCACACCCGGGAUAACCCCUACUGA